GAAAUGGAGACGCACUGCAACAAACGGACUGGAAUGUGGGAUGAACGGAAAGUAAAAGGAGACGAACAAGAUGCUGAGAGGAGAAAAUGGUUCAUGGAUUGAAUCUAUAAUCAAACACUGAACAGCAGGGGCAGAACAGCGAGCUAACAAGACGAUACGCAGUGCUGAGUUUGUGGGGGUUUUUCACAAAAUAUAUAAAUGUUUCACACAUCCGAGUUCAAAAGAAUAUGUAUUUAAUAGUUAUUUUUUCUUUUAAUGUUUGUGCACUUCUAAAAAUACUAAAUUCUGUGUUCUCUGCCAUGAAAUGAAACAUUUUACUAAUAUCUGUUUGAUAAACUAAGAAUCUGAUCAUUUUUUUGUGUGAAUUACCCUUUUAGUUUAGAGCUGACGGGAAGCUCCAAAGCUAGCUUCAGUGUUGUUAGCGGCUAACGGCUAGCUUGUAGCUUCGAUCGGCAUACAGAGCAGCCUUUAUUUCGCUGCAGCAAAACAAGGGAGCUCCAGGACUUCUUCCUUUCUAAAUCAAGUCUAUGUAUUAAAUCUUUAUUGUUUUUAUUUUCAUUUUAUUACUCUAACUAGAAUUGUACCAAAAACUAGCAUCUUGAAGAUUCAGUGUGAGGUGUGGAAUUUUAAGGUUCGGGCUUGACCAAUGGAAAAGUUCGAUUUUCAACAAGAGAGGACAAAAUUGAACCAAUAGGGGCAGGUGAUAAACUGUAUUGGUAGCGGCUAACCGUUAGCCUGUCAAAGUCUUCUUGCUUACAGGCAAUCUUGUAUCUCGUCUUGGUUCUGGGUCACCCUGUAGCUAUGUCAUGCCCACAGAGGGAACCUUCUUGGCUUUUCUUACUUUCCGGCAUAUUUUACAUGUUUACUAAAUUUCUGUUUCUCUUAGUUGGCCCUUUUGGUCAGACAUUUUGAUAAAUAAACUAAUUGUAACAAUGGAACAAACAGAGGUAGUUUAUAACCACAUGUGCGCCCUUGUUGACUCCAGAAACAAUCAGAUGAACCCAGGGCCACCGCCGUCACAGACGAAGAGCUGGUAUUUAACUUUUUGAAGAUAUUGUAAAGAGUCAACUAACUAUGAACUGUCUGAAAGUUGGGUGUGAUUUGAUUUGAUGCAUGGUCAGUAACAUUUUCUGUGGGAGACAUUUUAUGCUAUUUUGUACUCCGCUAAAUCUGACACAAACAGAUCAAAUCGGGAAAGUUACUUAGUGGCAAGUGGACGGAUGUAGCAGUCUGUUUGCUGCUAUGUCGUCUUUUUUUCCCCCACCUUGUUUUCCCCAAAUGCUGCCAGAUAAAACUGAAAACGGUGGAGGCUUCGUCAACGUAAUCAUUUCCUCUUCUACUUCAAACCAUCGCAUUCAAACAGAACCAGACUUUAAACUAGAUAGGGUUUCAUUAAAAAAAAAAAAAAUCUUCCAUUUUGAUGGAAAAAAUUUCAAUAUUUAAACAUUUCAAGAUCUCUUUCCACCUCUAAUGCAACCAAGUAGCGAAAAAAAAAUUUGAGAAAAGGAGGUGCCUGUGACAUAUAAUGAGUGAGAGAGGAAGAGAGUGAAAAGGGAGAGUCAACAAGCCAGAGACGUGCUCAUUUAUGCACAAAAGGCACUUGCUUGAAUGUGUGCGGGUGCAAGAGAGAGAGACCAUGAGGGAGGGCAGGAGUGAGCCAGAGAGGGAGGAGUGACUCGGAAACGGGGAGGAGGGAGAGAAACGGAGCGAUUGCGUGAGAUACUGACAGCCAGUCCUGCCACGGAACGGCAGAAGCAGCGGCGGGAGCGCGAGCAUCGCCGGCGGACGGGACACAGACGCUCUGAGCGGACCAAGGAUUUAAGGGGAAUACACGCCGACGAGGAAGCGACGACAGAGGGAGAGAGGAUGGAAUAAAGCAAAACAAAAAAAAAAACAAACAAAAAAAAUUGCUUCUGUGAGCGCCUCACACUUCUGUUUGGAGCAUCCCACAAGCAGAGCACCAGUGAAAACACAUACAUAUGAUAUAUAUAUAAAAUUCCUAUACAUAUAUAUCAAAUUAUGCCUGUUUUCAAAGAAGCUGCAGCUGGACAACGACCGAAUUGACAUCAAAAAGCUUCAAAAAAUUGGGAGAUAAUAUGCAGCGUUUUGCUUAAAAACUGUUGCAUAUUAAACCUUUGUUUUUUUUUCCUGUUUUUUUUUUUCCAAUCGGGGAGUGAAAAUGGAGGGAAAAAUAGAACAAUUUUAAAACUGGAAACUGAGUAGUCGAUGCGAGAUUGUCUCAAAAGCGCUUUUGCUGUGCCGUGUCCUGCAUUUCCAAAUGGGCUUCUUUUGAAAACGGGAAUUUUUUAUUUAUUUUUUUGAUCUGUCCUUGGUGCCACGCUGCCGUUCGGCUGUCGCAUCUCCACUUGUCUCUGUCGUCCGCGCGGGCUGGGCUAGCUUUGUUCCAGCAAGGGUCCUGCCAGCGCUCUGCUGAAAGUGCAGAGGGCAGUCCGCGGGAUCCCUGACCCCACGGUGAUAUUUCCUCCAGCAGCGGCACUAAACAAAACAAAACCAACCAAAAAAAAUAAAAGAAAAAAAGUCUUCCCAGAUCUUAAGAGGAAAGGGUGAGGGGAAGCCGGAGAGAAGAGACUGAAAGAGGUGGAAACAUCAAAGGAAGGAUGUGAUGGAGGGAAGAUUAGGAUAAGAGCAUGUAAUGAAAAUAAAAGGUGAAAGGGGAGGGAACACAAAACCACUGAAGAAGAAGAAGAAGCCAUGAUCCACUGCGAAAUGGAUGAAUAAUUUUAACCCGUUAAUCUUUUCUUCUGUUCAUGGAGCAGAUCCAAGACGUCAAAAUAAUAGCUUCAGUACAAGAGCCCCUCUUACUCUCUUCCCCUUCUCUCAUCACCUGUACACCCGCAGGGCAGAGCUGAGUCGGCUGAAAGCCAAGAGUCCUGGGUCUGUCAGAGACCCCUGGAUCCGAGGACAGGAGGGCGUUCAGGGGAGCAGCAGCAGCAGCAGCAGCUCUGUGCGCGGCUGUCGCGAAAAGCCAUUGGGCUCCUGUGUGUGUGUGUGUGUGUGUGUGUGUGUGUGUGUGCCACUUAAAAAGCUCCAGACUGAUACUGUCAGUGUCCUGUCAUCAGGGAGUUGAGCUCUUUUUGUGGAUGUGUGUGUGUGUGGAAGUGUGGAUGUGCACGAGUGAGAGAUAACGAGCCUCAGGUGCACGUUCUGGACGGCGAUCACCACAGGAUCCGAGCCUGGACCGAUCCGCCAAAGACACUCCACAGCUGCUGAUACCUGUUGGGCUCUGUGGCUGAAAAUAGAAAAGCAGCAGAUCAGUUAAUAAUAAAGACGUCAGCGGCCGAGAGAGCGGAGCGGAGCGGGGGGAGGAGGAGAGUUAACGUCUACCGAAGUGGACUACAUUGGCGCCAAAAACAUGGCCACCACGAAAAUAAAAAAGCUCCCUUUCAGCUGUGACAUUGAGAGAAGCAGGAUGAUAGACGCAAGUUAAGAUCUGUGGUGGAGUUAUUUCAUUUUUUUUCUUUUUUUAUUUAUUUUCUGGGCGCCUGAACCAAUUUGACUUCAGUGCUGAGGUGUCACCCACUCAGGGAUAUGAGUCUGUCUUUGGAGUGAAAGCCCUUCCAUGUGGAAAGCUUCGCUCGCUGCAAGUUUGGAUUUGCUUUGCCCGCCAGCACCGUUGGGAACCUACAGUUCUCACGUUUCACGGAUUAUUCAUCCACUCUGUGGGGAGUCCAUUGCUGAAAAUGCCAGGGGGAAGUUCAUUCAUAGGUAAUACGUCCUCCUAAGUUGGAUCCUCCUCCCCGAGGGUUUGGAUUUGUCUACAACCGCCUCUGCUGUCUGCUGGAGACUUGAAUGGCUUUGUAAAAGGAGCUUUUUGGUCUUCUGUUACCGGUCACCCGUCCGAACUGAGACGCUGCAGGACUUUGGAGUGAGUCCAUCAUGGCCGCUCCAAUGUGUUUGCUCAUGUUGAACUUUUCACUGGCCAUGUUACUGGGCCUGACCACCCUGAGUGGACUGAGCUCAUGUCCGUCGGGACAAGUUUCAGCGCAGGUCUCUUCCAACAACCAGAGCACAGAUUCAUCUGUGUUACCAGAGGCGGCGCUGGCAACACCGACGCCGGACCCAGAGAUACAGACGGACUCAAUCAGCGGAAACCGCUGCUGGGGGUACUACGACGUCAUGGGCCAGUGGGACCCGCCAUUUAACUGCAACGCAGGCAUCUACCUGUUCUGUUGCGGCUCCUGCUUCUACCGGUUCUGCUGCCAGUUCAGAGUCCACAGUCUGGACCAGACCUCCUGUUCCAACUACGACACACCCGUGUGGGCAAACACCGGGAAACCGGGGGUGCCCGUCACAGAGGUCCACCAGGAACCCGAUCGGGAUCGGACCCACAUGAUCGUUUACAUUAUCUGUGGGGUGGUGGCCAUCAUGGUGCUGGUGGGGAUUUUCACAAAACUCGGACUGGAGAAGAGUCAGGGAGGUCAAACGGACAUGACGAACUCAAGGACUCUGACGGAGCUUCUGAAGCAGCCGGGCGAGGCAGGAGUGGUGGAUGGAGCUGGGAUUCAUCAUCCCAUCGGGACAAACGGCAUCGCGGCCAGAACCAUGCGCACCAACAAUGGUAGGGCUGGGGUUUGAUAGUCCUUCUAUCAGAGUCUGUCAUGCUACAUGCCAUAACAGAGUUGCAAUGAAAAUAACUCAACCAUGUCAUUAAAUAUAAGCAGGCGCUCUAAUAACACAAAAACUCCUUUUCAGUUCAACAAAUACAUCAACACCUCAGGAACGAGGAACUGUUUUACAUUUUAUGCCGCUCUCUGUUGUGUCAUUGAGGAAAUGUUUCUUCGAAACGCCUUUGCUGCGUCUCUUUAUGCCAUUUCAAAUUGGAAACCUCCAUCAUGGCUACGGCCUCCUGGCAGAUUAGGCACAUCGAUCUGGGGCUGGUUGGAGGGAGAAUGAAUGCAGUUGCUCCGUCCAUUCGUCUUUGAAUUGUCAAUUUUACACCGUCUACUUUUCCUUUCACAGCAAAUUUUGAACGUGUCAUUUCUUUUUUUUAAAUGCCAAUCAGGCCUCCUUUAGACGAGGAAGUAACGAUUAGCAAGCGUCUGUAAAAAAAAUGUGCUG